GUGGGUGUCUUGCACCACUACGGCGGGGAAUGGCUACCAAGAUCAUCGCGGUGGACGGUCUUGAGCGCGGAAGCCAUUUUGGGACACGGCGCAGCAGAAGCUGCGUUCCGAGCAGCCACGGAGUGGCCGGAACGCUAUCAGGUGGCGGGGGCAAAAGCCCAAAUCUUCUUUUGCGUUGACAAAGGCAAGGCAACAGCUGAAGCAAUUUCUAGCCGGCCGCAUCAUUUCAAGCCUUCGAAAGGCAUCUUUGAUAUCUUUGCUCGUCGAAUAUCCCUUAAGCCGCUUGUAGCACCUGAUAACAUGCCAUCUUCGGAGCAAGAAUUCUUCAUUGCCGACUGGGAGCGUUGGCUGCGGAGUGCGGCCGAUGCCGAGGCUUUGCUGAAGGAGAUUCCGCUCGUCUUCUGGCGGAAGGACUUAUUCUUUGGCAUCCUGGUUGAGAACUGCGGCGCUGAGGUGGGUCGCGUGACGGUGCAAUGGCGCACUGGGCCGCGGGUCUAUCACGUGUGGAAAUUUCGCGGGCAGGCGGUCAUCUUCAAGGAAGAGAGCCCGCCGACCGUGAUCGUGGUGGUGCAGUUGGCUGUGGAAGGGUCAAACAUCAGGUGCGACUUCGCGCGCAUGAGCGGCGAGCCGCUCGCGGAAGCGACUUUCAAUGAAGCCGUGAGGCCUCUUUUGAUGGGUCAUGUGAGCAUGGUGGCGUAUCGGGCAGCCAGCGACGCAAACUUGAUCGAGAGCCUUUACCAGGAGGUCCAGGUAUUGCUGGAGAGCUUUCACCGAGUCGUCCCGGACGGAGUCGUUUUGUGUCAGGCCUGGGGCAAUUCAGCCGGCGAGGCGGCGGAGACGCUGGAUGCUUCGCUUCAUCGUUUACAACGGUUAUCCACCCGGCAGUUAUGCCGACUUGAUUUGCACACCCUGCCGGAAUUUCUCCAAAGAAAUUUGAAUUUCAUGCGGAGCUUACCAACAGAUUUGCGAAUGCAGCAGUGGUUCCGCUACGUUUAUGGUACAGAGCUGGCCCUCGACAUAGUUCGUGUUUUUCAUGCAGCCUUGAAUGAACGUCGAGAAAGCCCGGAAGCACAGGCCGGCUUGCAGGACGUGCUGCUGCUGAAGCGUGCUGCCAGCUUUGAGAAGGCGUGGUGCGGAUCCAAAAUUCACGACCAAACCGCGUCUUGA